AUGUCAGAGACGGGUUUUGAGACAGCUUGCUUGGAAUGCGGUUUCAUCCGACACAAUAACGUAGGUCGGUACACUUACAUCCCUUCAGUUAAAGGAUUGACUCUCCACGUGGGAUACAUUGAGAACGCACCGCACUUCCUCGUGAAGCAGAACCGAGUGACGGGGCAAGUGCAAGAGGAUAAGGGCACCGAAGUUCAAAUGCUGCGAAUGUUCUCUCGAUAUUUCAAUUUCACGUAUAAACUGCACCCCGAGCCGAACUCUGUCUAUGGUUCCCGAGUGGAGAAAAACGGACGAAGUGAUUGGAACGGCCUGAUAGGUUGGGUUUACCACAAGAAAAUGGAUCUGAGCUUAUCCGAGCUGGGCUUGUCGUUCUUUCGCUUGGCGGCCGUUACCUUCACCUGGCCCUACAUCUGUGACGUCAUCACCUACGCCUAUCCAGAGCCGCGUAACAGGGAGUCUUACGCUGCCAUAAUAUGGGCCUUUCAAGGUCUGACCUGGACCGCUAUAUGCGCCUGUGUUCUCCUCAACACGCUCAUCAUCAAGCUGUUCAGGGGUCCGACGGUUUGUCGCGGCGCAAUGCCUGGAUUCUGGCUUCUCCUCGCUCUAUUGGCAAGGCAAUCAAGCGACGGUUUCAAAGAGUUCACUCGACUAUCGUACAGAGUUUUCCUGUUCUCCUACGCGGUUUUCGCGUUCUACAUCACCAACAGCUACGACACGUCGCUGUUUUCUCUGCUCUCGAAGCCCGUCGUCGAAGGCGAGAUUCGCUCCCUGAAUGAACUCUACGCAGCGAUCGCCGGCAAGCGAAUCCGUUGCGGAACGCAAGCCAGCACAACUAUAUUCGAUGCUCUACAGAUAUAUCAGCACAAAGUCGCUGAUAUCAUCAGGGAACAGAUGAGAAUGUACCCUUCGUUGUUGACUGACGACAAGCGAUCGUCCCUGAGGAAGAUUCCGUCUGAAAAGGGCUGUUUCUUAUACACUCGGAACUACAUGAAAGCCUUCAUGUUCGAGAAUGGACUCGAGCGAGACGUGCGGGUGUCCGAGAGCGACUACUUCUAUACUUUCAUUGCGGGGAUGGCACUACAGAAGAAGUGUCAUCUGAUUCAUCUUUUCAAUGGACGAUUGCAAUGGCUGCUCGGAUCGGGUUUGUGGUCGAAGUGGCUCGCGGAAGGCAUGAUGGAGAGAAAAAUCUUCAAGAUCACAACCGAGCCCUCCGCCGUCUCCAAUAGUGCUUUCAUUGGGCCUUACAUGCUUUUCGGAGCCGGGAUCGUUCUCUCGAUGAUUAUCGUUUCCCUUGAGAGAAUUCGUAUGCGUAAAGGUGGGGCUGUUCGACGUAAGAAUACCAGAAGGAUCGACAAGUUCAGAUAG